AUGGCUACCCCUAGUGUCCUAGCUUUUGACGCUGAGGGUCGAGCCAUUGACUUUGAGGUCUGGGUAGACGACCUGCAGUUGUUUUUACAGUGCGAUAGGGCAGACGGCCUCUCUCUCUUUGACCUUACCUCUGGCGCCUCUCCUGCUCCUGCUGCUGAUGCUGAUCCCACUGUGCGCUCUCAGUGGGCCACCCGCGAUGCUGCUGCACGUCUUGCUGUGCGUCGCCACCUCCCUACCUCUGAGCGCGCGCACUUUAGUCAGUACAAGAGUGCUCAGACCUUGUACGACGCUGUAGUUGCGCGCUACUCCUCCCCUGCCACUGCUACACUGAGCCGUCUCAUGCUUCCAUACCUCUUUCCUGACCUCUCUGCCUUUCCCACUGUCGCUGACCUCAUUACACACCUCCGCACUAGUGACACUCGCUACCGCGCCGCCCUUCCUGCUGAGUUCUGCGCUAAGAACCCCCCCCCCAUGUACAUCGCUCUCUACUACGUAGUCGCGCGCCUCCCUGACUCCCUUCGCGUCGUCAAGGACCACUUUCUCGCAGUCUGUCCCACCACCCUCACCGUCGACCUCCUCGAGAAGGCCCUCCUCGCAGCGGAGAAGAGCAUAGUCGCUGUAGGUGCUUCUCGUGGUGACCCUCGCACCCCCAUCUUUGAGGGGUGCUCUCCUUCCCCCUUGCUGCCCUCUGUUGCCUCUGCUGCUGCCGCCGACCUGCUUGGUCUUGAGUCGGUCGGCGCGGCGUCUGCCCCUAGUGGGAGACGUCGCUCCAGCAAGGGCAAGGGGGGCAAGGGCGCGGGUGGAGCUGGAGGGGGCGGUGGCGGUGGCGGCGGUGGCGGCGGAGGGAGUGGGGGUGGCGGCGGGACUAGUGGCGGGGGUGGUGGUGGUGGUGGCAGCAGCGGCGGAGACGGUGGUGGUGGUGCCAGCGGUGGUGGUGGAGGCAGCGGCGGAGGUGGAGGCGGCGGAGGUGGAGGCGGUGGAGGCGGCAGCGGAGGUGGCGGUGGUGGUGGAGGAGGUGGAGCUGGUCGGGGUGGUACCCAGCAGCGUAGCGGCGGUGGUGGUGGCCAGCGCUCGCAGCGGCAGCAGCAGCAGCGCUCGCGGGACAUCCCUCCGCCUCAGCAGCUUCGUGAGUGGUACGCUGGGCGUCAGAGGGGUGGGGGUACUGGUCCCUGCACCUACGUUCUUCGUUCCGGCGACCGCGCGGGUGAGCAGUGUGGGGGUGCCCACGCCGCCCAGCGCUGCUUUGGCCGCCUGACGGACGCUUGGCGUCAGCAGUUCCCUGGGGCUAGUGAGAUCCCUCGCUGGGAUGAGCUUCUUAGGGCUGGUGUAGCGAUCUUUGAUCUUGAUUUUGAUGCUAUCCUUGCUGCUAUGUAUGCUGUGACUUAUAGUGCUUGUGAGGCUGCUGCUCUAGGCGCCAGUGCGUCUACGCUCUCAGGUACUGGUGAGACUGCGCUCUCAGGUACUGCGUCGUCCUCGUCCUCCCUCACUUUCACACUUGACUCCGGGGCUUCUCGCUCCUUCUUUCGAGACCGCACUACCCUUACGCCGCUCGGCCGGCCGGUUGCAGUCUCCCUUGCUGACCCCUCUGGGGGUCCUGUCCUGUCUCACUUCUCCACUGUCCUCCCGUGUCCGGCUGCCCCUUCGGGCACCCUGUCUGGUCUGUACCUUCCCUCGUUCUCUACGAACUUGGUGAGUGGCGCGGACCUGCAGGAUGUGGGGGUUCACCAGUUCACUCCUGCGAGUCAGCGGGUGACCCACUGCACGGAGGCACGCACAGGCCGACACCUGGCCACGUUCUCGCGUCCGCCGGGGUCGAGUCUCUACACCCUGACCGUUGAGUCUCCUCCUGUCCCUGCGUCUGGUCAGGUGGCUGCGUCAGGUCAGGUGCUUGCUGCUGCGUCCCGGUCAGGUCCUGAGUCUGCCCCCUGUUCUUGUCGCCUCCUGUCUCACGAGACUCUCCUGUGGCACCACCGUCUUGGCCACCCCUCCUUGCCCCGUCUUCGGAGCAUGGCUUCCCGUGUCCUUGUCUCUGGUCUUCCCCAGUCUCUCCCUCCUCUCCCCUCCGGGCCAGGACCUUCCUGUGUCCCCUGUGUCGAGGGUCGCCUCCGGGCUACUCCUCACUCCUCCCACUUCCCCCCGACAGAGGCUCCCCUGCAGACGCUUCACAUGGAUGUGUGGGGCCCAGCCCCCGUCCGUGGGCAGGGUCACGAGCGCUACUUCCUGUUGGUGGUUGACGACUACUCGCGUUACACCACAGUCCUCCCCUUGCGCAGCAAGGGUGCGGUCACUGAGGUGCUGAUCGACUGGAUCCGCGAGGCUCGUCUCCAGCUCAGGAAGAGCUUCGGCUCGGACUUUCCUGUUCUGCGUCUGCACUCGGACAGAGGCGGAGAGUUCUCUUCUCGCCUUCUACGAGACUACUGUCGUGCACGGGGGAUCCGCCAGACCUUCACGCUUCCGGACUCACCACAGCAAAAUGGGAUUGCUGAGCGCCGCAUUGGCAUGGUCAUUGAUGUCGCUCGUACGUCCAUGAUGCAUGCGGCUGCCCCCCAUUUUCUGUGGCCGUUUGCGGUGAGGUACGCGGCGCAUCAGCUCAACCUUCACCCCCGGGUCUCUCGGCCUGCGAUGUCCCCAGCCUUGCUGUGGACGGGGAAGGUUGGCGAUGCGUCUGUGUUCCGUGUCUGGGGAUCUUGGGCGUUUGUCCGCGACUUGUCUGCGGACAAGCUGUCCCCUCGUGCUGCUCCCUGUGUCUUCCUUGGCUUCCCCACUGACGCCCCAGGGUGGCAGUUUUACCACCCCUCCUCUCGUCGUGUUCUGUCCUCCCAUGACGUCACGUUCGACGAGUCAGUCCCCUUCUACCGUCUCUUCCCCUACCGCACUCCUUCCCUCCCCCCUCCCCCGGACUUCCUUGUGCCGGUUCCCCCCCCGGUAGACCCCCUCCCCCCUCAGGUUCCUGCCCCCUCAGGUGUGUCCCAGGUAGACGCCGUUGACCCGGUCGAGGUUACUGGUGACUCUGGUGCUGCUGCGGGUGCUGAGCCUGGGGGUGCUGACUCUGGGGGUGCUGUGCGCGGGGGUGCUGAGCCUGGGGGUGCUACUGCUGGGGGUGCUGGGCCUGAGGGUGCUACUGCGGAGGGUGCGGAGCCUGAGGGUGCUGAGCCGGGGGGUGCUGUGCCUGGAGGUGCUGGGUCUGGGGGUGCAGGGUCGGGAGCUGCUGAGCCUGGGGGUGCUGAGCUGGGAGCUGCUGAGCCUGGGGGUGCUGCGUCUGGAGCUGCUGAACCUGGGGUUUCUCCUGCUGCUGCGUCUCGCCGGGAGCCCCUCUCUCCACAGGAGCUGCGCGAGUGGUUCGCUCGCCGCUGGAGGCGUGCUGCUGAGUCUGGAGGUGCUGCUGGAGCUGGAGCUGGAGCUUCUUCGACCGUCGAGGGUGCGGGUGCAGCCGGUCCCGGAGCUGCUGGACCUGCGGGUCCUCCUGGAGCUGGAACUGCUGAGGGCGUUGGUGCUGAGCCUACUGCUGUUGGUCCUGCCGCUGGAGGUGUGGGUGGCGCUGGUGCUGUCGCUGAGGGUGCUGGUGCUGUCCCUGCUGAGUCUGGAGCUGCCUCGCAGUCCCUGCUGGAGCCUUCCUCUCCACUGCCUGCUCCCUCUCCUUACACUGGUCCUACUGGAGGUCUUGCUGAGCGUCGUGAGCCUGCGUCUCGUCCCGCGUCGCCUGUUCGUGCUGCUCGCGCUAGUGGUUGCAGUUCGCGUCACCGUCCUCCUCCUGUUCGUGGCACCCACCGGAUGUCUUUGCGUCCGUCCACUGCUCCUCUGCGUGCCCCUUUGCCUUCUCCUCCUGAGUCCUCUCUUCCUGCGCUUGCCGACCCUGAGUCGGACUCUCUUCGUGCUGCCAGUCCUACUGUCACGCGUCUGCUUGCUACUGUUGUCACUGACCCCUCUUUUGAGUCCCUUGCUGCGUCUGCUCUAGUCGCUGAGCUCGUCGACUUUGCUGCUCGCUGUCGUCUCGACUACGCUGCUAGUCUUGUUGCUGAGUCUGCGUCUGUCUGUCCUCCGUCCGUCGGGGGUGAGUGUGCUCUUGGCACGGACGUCCUAGAGGACAGGCAGGAGGAGUUACAGUGUCUAGCGGCUGCUUCACCUCAUCUCGCGUCUGUACUGCUUGCCCCUGAGGGAGACCCGGAUGCACUAGACAUCCCGACUCCGCGUUCUUACGCGGAGGCCGUAGAGGGUCCCUACUCCUCUUAG